AGUGGAUGGUCGUCUGUUUAAGGCAGAUGGUCGUCCGGAGGUGGCUGUUGGGACCAGAUGGUCGUCCAGAGGUUUCCGUUGGGGGCAGACGACUGUCCAUCCUAGCAAGAUGGCCGUCCAUAGGCGACCGUUAGGGGUAGAUGGCCGUCCACUUUGA